CCUAAAAAUUCAUCAAAAAUGAUCUCUGAAAGUGAAUUUGAUACAAAAAAAUUUAAAAAAGUAUCCACAAAAAAUGAAUUGCAGCAACAAGUCGUCAUCCAUAACAUCAAACAAUUUUUCCUGAAAAAUCUUCAAAUUUGUCGAAUUUGUUUGGAAACUGAAGAUGAUAGCAAGGGUUCAGCUCAAUUAGUUCCCAUCACAAGUGCGAUAUGGAGCUUUUUGGAGUUGCAAGAUCGGACAUUGCCGAAUACCAUUUGCACAAAAUGCCAAAUAAAAGUUUUAAAUUUCAUGAUUUUGAUGGAAAAUUGUGCUGAAUCAAACGAAAUCUUGAGUAAAGUGCGAGAUGAAAUUGGAUUUUCGACGGAAACAAAAGGAGAAGAGGAAGAAAUUCUCUUUUCUGAGGGCGAAUCGAUGGAAGUUGAUCCUAAAAAUGAGGUUUUCGAGCAAAAUUCUGUUUCAGAAAUUGUUUCGAUGGAUUCAAAAGACGAUGAAAUGCUGCGAAAAAAUUCAUUUACAAUUGUAGACAACAAAUUUGUCUGUAAUUUGUGCGAAAAAUUGUCAGAUUCAAAACAAAGUCACGUGACUCACAUGAAAACUUCUCAUACAAGACCUGAAAAAUGUCCCGUCGAGGGUUGUUCGAAGGCAUUUGGCAUCCCUUCGAUGGUUCGUCGUCAUCUUCAACAAGUUCACACGGAACAAGAUCUUUCCAUGUUUGACGAAGAGCAAGAAAUGACCUUCAAAAUCGGUCCCUCAGGCAAAUACGAGUGUUUUUACUGCAAAGAAGAGUACACAAAGCGUUACAACUUGGAAAAACACAUUGAAAAAAUGCACCAAAAACCCGACGAGGCAUGUGAAAUUUGUGGCAAAGUAUUUAACGAGGUUCGAAUGCGAAUUCACAUGAAAAUUCAUCAAAAAUUAUUCGAAUGUCAUGAUUGCGGAAGACGAUUCGUUGACAAAUUCCUGCUGAAAAAGCAUCUGAUAGCGCUUCAUUUACGGGAAAAGACAUAUUUAUGCUCGAAAUGCGGCGAUAGCUUCACUUCAGCUCAAAAUUUGAGAAGGCAUGUCUAUAAAGUGCAUGAAAAACUCAUCCCGCGUUAUAAUUCUUCGUUACCUGAAGAGAAAAAAGGCAUUUGCAAGUACUGUGGAUUAAAAUUCUCGGAUAAAUAUGAAUUGGGGCAACACGUAAAGACACACACAUUGAUCUACAAGUGCAAAAUUUGCGCAAAAAAAUUCGCAUCUGAAAUUACUUUGACGAAUCAUGAGAAAUCUCACACGGAAAAUGAAGAAUUUCAGUUCAAAUGCACGACUUGUGACAAAAGAUACCAAACAAAAGCCCAUUUAAAGGCUCAUUUCGAUCGAUUUCAUGUCAUUCGUGAACAAUGGCUUUGUACUUAUUGCCAAAAACGUCUACCGGGGCGUCGUGCCUUAGAUGCUCAUGAAAAAUCUCACGAAGGAGUCAAGGAAUUUGGAUGUUUUUUGUGCGAAAAGGCUUUUACAACGACCCAACGCUUAAAAAUGCAUUUAAUAACUAAUCAUACAAAAUCCAAAUAUCGCUGUGGCGUGUGCAAAAACACCCAAUGGCAAAGUCAACGAGGCUUUGAGGGUCACAUGAAACGAGAACAUCCGGAUUUGUUCACUUCUCAACCCGACAUGAGCCAAUAUUUCGAGCGAGAUGAACCAACAUACUCCAAAUUGAUGGAAACGUAUCGAGAAUAUUUGAAAGAACUUUCAAUUAAGCGUCGCAUGGAGAACAGCGGAAGACCUGAGAUCGAAGUUGAGGUCUUGGAAGUCAAAAACGACUAAAACGAUGGUA